AUGAUCGCGCCGCCUGCGCGCCCGCGCGCGCUGCCACAGCUGUCAGCCCAGGGCGGUGACGCGCAGCUGGCAGGGCUCCCAGAGGCGGACUCGGAGGUGCACCGGCUUCGCAGAGAGGUCCAGGAGCUCAUGCGCAGGAACUCUGAGCUGGAGAGCCAGAUGGCCGCGUGCCCGUCCGGGGAGGCAGUGCUGGGUGGCUUCGCGACGCCGGGAGACGACGAGAGCGUCGGGCACACGAGGGAUAUCGCUAGUCCGACGACUCCCCAGGCGCAGGAGUCGACUCAGCAGCAGCAGGAUGACGCAGGUGCUGCGGAGGACGCGGCGCGAGGACAGGCUGCAGAGGCAGCCGCGGCGCUGAUGGUCGAAUCGGUGCCGCAGCCCGUUCAGCUGGUGGUGCAAGCGGCAGCGGGCGUGGCGGCCACGAGCGCGGCGGCGGACCGCCAGGCGGCGGACCGCCAGGCGGAGAUCUCCCGGGAGGAGCAGGAGGAGGAGGAGGUCAUCCUGGAGUUCCCCAGGGAGGCGGGGUUCCCAGCAGCGGAGUGCAUGGAGGAGGUCGUGCUCCAGGAGCUCAUGGCGGCUGCCGACCGCGGCAGUGGAAGCGCGAGCAGCUUGGAGACGGUCUUGGCCAAGCUGCGCGACACGGACAUCCCGAAGCUGGAGUUCACGAAAGGGGCGCCUAAAGCGGCGGCUUUUGAGAAGUGGCUGCAGCGUGCCAGUCUUCGAAUCGGCGGGUGGCACAGAGCCAUUGAGGCGUACUGGGCACGGGCGCAGGAGGUCACAGCAGCGGCUUACGAUGACUACCUGCAGCUCGGCCCAAUGCAGCGGCCGAUGGUGCGGCCCGCGGCCGAUUGGGUGCAGCCUGAGCAGAUCGGCAUUGAGCUCAAGUUGCGGCCGAUCCUAUUGGAGGCCGUUCCUGAGAGCGUGCGCCAGGCAGCCCUCAACACCCGCGCCACCAGCGUCGUCGACGUACUCUUUGCGACGAUGGUUGAGGCGGGACCGGGCACGCUGCAAGACCAGAAACUGACGCUCAAGGCGGUCGAAUUACGUGAGCAUCAGCAUGGGGGGCCGCAAGUGCAGGAUGUGUUUGAUUCUCUUCAGAGGUGGAAGUUCGACCUCACGCGCCUCCAGCGGCUGGGCAUGGCCGCUCCCGACCCAACCGUCCAGGCGGACACGUUGCGCCAGAUGGUGCAGCGCAUGGCGGCCGCGGAUUCGGCGUUCCAGUACAGGCUGCACGCGUUCCAGAUGAACCACGGUCUGUUUGGAAUGCUAAGCCAGGCGCAGGUGGACGAGUUCUGGCGCUACCUGAGCGCGGAGGCUCGCGAGGCCCAUGGCCAGGAGCCCGCGCCGACGGCCAAGUCGGUGAGCGAGCGCGUGGCUGCCAUUGAGGGUCGAGCCAAGGGAAAGGACUCAGAACGACCGAACUCGUGCAGGUUCUUCGAGUCGGACGCCGGCUGCAAGCAGGGCGGGGCGUGCACGUGGCCGCACCGCAAAUUGCUGGCCAGCGAGGGGAAGUGCUUCAACUGCGGAAGCAAGGAGCACUCCAAGGACGCCUGCACGCGCCCGAAGCGCGAGGCGGCGGCCAAGGCAGCAGAGGUUGCCACGAAGCCUGGAGGCAGUUCUGCCUCGGCUGCGGAUCCAGGCGGCGCGGGAACGCAGACGCAGCCUGCAUCGCAGGCGGGUCAGCUCGGAUCAGUGGUGGCUGCGACGAUCAAGGCUCUGGCAGGCGAGGGGCUGCCUGGCGCUGCGCUGGCUGUCGCGCCCGUGGACGCGGACCCUGGGUGGCUGGACAGAUGGGCGACAUCGCUGGCUCCGGCGGCAGGCCCGCGCGCGGCGGUAGCCGUGGCGCGCUUGGGGAAAGUUGGCGGCAAGCGGAUGCUGCUCGCCGACACGGGCGCCACGCACGAGCUGCGUUCGAUCCCUGUGGGGGGUGACCCUGGGGUCGAGUCGCGGCGCGUCGAUCUCCAGACGGCGACGGGGAGCAUGGAGGCCAGGAUGGGAGAAGACGACGUGGUGUACGUCGAGUCCGAUACCCCUCUUCAGCCACUCUUCCCGCUGGGGAUCUACAUCGAGGAGUGCGGGCUCGGGCUCGAGUGGAUGCCUGAGGCUUGCACGCUGCGGCUGCCAGACCACAGAAGUUUGGAGUUGCAGCGCGUGGAGGGCAGCAUGUACAUCGCGGAGGACGAUGCUGAGGUGCUGCGGCAGCUUCGCGCUGCUCUGCGCUUGGCGCGUGGUCGCGCCACGGUGGCCCAGGCGAUCAAGGCCGCAGUCUCGCUGACGGAGCUGGCGAAGCACCGAGCCGAAGGGCACCCCACCUUCAUGGCGGAGUGCCGCGAGUGCAGGCUCGCCGCAGGGCGCAUGCGCCCACACUACCGCCUGGACCCGGCGACCCGGCCAGGCGGGCAGCUUUCGGCUGAUCUGAGCGGCCCCCAUCCGCCGGGGCGCUGGCCGAGUUCGCUGCAGGAGGACGCGCCGAGGAGGGCGCAGUACUUCCUGCUGUGCGCGUACCAGGUGAUGACGCGUGCCGAGGUGACGCAGCAGGGCCGCAACAUCGCGGACGCGAGGGCGGCCGCGCCAGCUAGCGACGCCGAGUUGUUUGAUGUUCCCGGAGGCCUUUCUGGGAACAUUAGUGGCAGCGCUGCUGAUGGCGACGCCCGUGCGGAGUUGGACGACUCCGAGGCGAGGGUCUGGUACUUCACCGUGCCGCUGGAGCGCAAGACGGCGGAGGAGUGCAUCAGGGGGCUGGACGCCGUGGUGGCGGCGAUCGGGCUCGUGUUCCAGGGGCAGGCGGUCUUCCGCAUCCAUGCGGCAUUCGGGGACCCCGUCACGGCCAGGGCGAAGGACCCGCCCAAGGCCAGCUUCGCGGCGCGAGGCAAGGAGAUGAUUUUCCUGGGCGCGGAGGACCAUACCUCCGGCGGCUAUUUGUUGGGCCGGAAGGCGCGGGGCGCCAGGAAGGGUGAGGAGUGGAGUUUCGAGGUGUCGAGCUCUUUCGUGAUCGACGUUUCGGCCGUGCUCCCAGACACCGCGCUGGGCGACGCCGGAGGCGGUGCCAACGGCGCAGGAGGCGGCGGCGACGACAUCUUCCAACUGCCGGCCGAGGAGCGCUUCUUCUCCUGCCCGGCGUGCCGUGGGCGGCACAGGUCUCACACGCGAGACGCGCGGUGCAGGCUCGGGCCGGCGGCCGGGGUCGCGGCCGUCGCUGGCCUUCCAGUCAGUCUGCUCCAUCACCACGACACCAUUCGCAGCCGGGUUCCCUUAGCAGCAGCGGCGGGGGUUCUGACCGAGACGGAGGCGAAUGAGGAGCAGGAGGAGGAUGCCGACCUUCCAGUUUUCCAGCACGUGUUCAAGGAGAGCGGGCUUGCCCCAGCAACGGUUCGCGAGGUGGACCAGAGCUUCGGGGCUGAGCGGGAGGCAUGGCGACAGGCCCUGAGCGGUGAGCUCGAGUCCCUCCGCGGGAAGGGCGCUUUCGAGACUCUCAGUGCCGCGGAGGUGGCAUCGACGCCAGCCCGCAAGGUCCUGCCCAUGAAGAUGGUGCUCGGCACGAAGCCUCGCAGCGAGGCCGAAGGCGGCGGCCGCAAGCACAAGGCCCGCGGCUGCAUCUGCGGCAACUUCCAGCCGCAGACCCCCGGCGAGGAGACCUUCAGCGCGGCGGUGGAUGUGGCCAGCCUGCGGCUUGUAUUAGCCGUCGCAGCUGCGAACAAGUGGGCAUGCUCUGCCCUGGACGUGGCCACAGCAUUCUUGAACGCGGAGCUGCCGCCAGAAGCUGGGGAGGUCAUCGUCCGGCCUCUGUCUAUCCUCGCCCGUUUCGGGCUGGUGCAGGCCGGGGCCCUGUGGCGUGUGAAACAGGCCAUAUAUGGUCUGCGUGUCGCUCCGCGUGCGUGGGUGGAGAAGCGUGACCGCACCCUACGCGAGAAGGUCAUCAUGGUCGAAGGUGAGCGUAGCCAGCUCCGGCAAUCACAGGUUGACCAGUGUUUGUGGGCGAUCGUGAAUCAGCAGGACCGCGUGAUGGGCUACGUCUGCGUCUACGUCGACGACUUUCUGAUUGUGGGAGAGACGGCUGCCAUCAGAGCAGUAUCUGACAUGUUGGAGUCGACGUGGACCUGUUCAGUGCAGUCGUUGAUAUCUCCUGUGCACCCCGGCAGCAUCAAGUACUUGUCUCUCUCGAUUCAAGCACGCGCUGACGGGUACUACGUCCACCAGCAGGAAUAUCUUGAAGAGUUGCUGGCCAAGUGGGGCCUGGAUCGUGGCAAUGGCGCGGGCACGAUCGUAAUCGACCCCCUGCCCGAGCAGAUCGCGGACGGGGACGAGGAGGAGGAGGAGGCCGUCGACAUAGGUCAGGUCCGUCUUGCACAGAGGAUGCCGGGCGGACUCCUAUGGCUUUCGAGCCGCACGCGCCCCGACGUGGCGUUUGCAGUGUCUCGUUUGGCUUCGGCGGCCGCUGUUCACCCGGAGUGGGCCCUCAAGCUGGGCAAGAAGAUCUUGAGGCACCUGGCUGGGACUCGGCACUAUGGCUUGGCCUGUCAGUGCAGCGGGGGCAUGGCUCUGCAUGUCUAUGCCGACGCGUCCUUCGAGCCCGCCACGGCCCAGACGGGCAUAGCAAACUAUUUGGGACCUCGUCUCGUGGACUGGCGGUCGUGCACACAGCCGCAGCCCGCGAGGCCCACGGCAGAGGCGGAGGUGAAGGGACUCGCCCUGGGCGGCGUGGUGCUGGAAGGGGUGGAGGCCGUGCUCGGCAGCAUGCUCAUCGAGGCGGAGAGCCCGAAGACGUUUGGAGACAGUCAGGCUUCGAUCCACAUGUUCAAGGGUCAGGGGUCGUGGAGGACGAGGUGCCUGGCGAACCGCGCAGCAGCACUGAGAGCCAGGAUCAAGGCCGGGCUGCUGUUUUUGGGCUUCGUGGCGUCGGCCGAGCAGAAGGCCGACGGCCUGACCAAGACGUUCUCGGUACCCAUGAUGGGGCAG